AUGCCAUUCAUACUACACUUUUCUCUGUCCUCACUUUGCAAACAUUUUGCAAUGGCCUCCUUUUACCUUCAGUGCCCCACCUCUCUCUUGCAAGCCGGCCUACUUCAACCCCGGUUGUCCGGGGCAACUAAACACCGCAGCACACAGACUUCCUGGUACAGCGUUAAGUUUGGUGCAGCUAUGUCUGAUACUGCAAAGGACAAAGCAGCCCGAUUGCUGAAGAAAAGAGGGAGCGUGUCAUCACUGGGUAGCCAUGAAGUUAAACCAAAAGAUCAUUUUGGAAAAACAAAGGACUCUGUGAGUACAGUAUCUUAUAUGGAUGAACCUGGUCAUCAUGACGAAGUCACUCGUCCUGCAGUUCAGAUGGAAAAUACAUAUCAACUGGCCCCUUCAAAGCGGUUUCCUGUGGCCACUGUGAACAAUAUUCUGAAAGAUGUUGUAACCAGUUAUCUGCAGGAAGAGAAGUAUGAAGCUGAAUUGUGCAGGCAGAUGACCAAAACCAUUUCUGAGGUUAUCAAAGCCAGAGUUAAAGAUCUUAUGAUACCAAGAUACAAGAUCAUUGUUUUAAUACAUAUUGGACAGCUGAAAGAUCAGAGCAUGCGCGUAGGAAGCCGAUGUCUAUGGGACCCAAUGAAUGACACAUUUUCAUCUUAUACAUUUAAAAACAGUUCAUUAUAUGCUGUUGCUAGCAUUUUUGCAGUCUACUUUGAGUGACCUCAAAUUGAAAUUUAUGGAAUGUCUUCAUACAUCACGAGCACAGCAUUGUGUUUUUAAAUUUAAAACAGUAGCUGUGACACUGAACCGAAUACACAAAGCUUGACGUGCUACUUGUAGAGAUUUAAUUAAUACUUUGGUGGAUAUUAAUACAUUGGUGGAUGUGAUGAAGAUGUUAUAGGAAGUUCUUCCUUUUCUUUUUUCCUUUCUUGUGCCUUAUUCCUGCAGGAAUAGGGAUCUCCCAAGAACUGUACCCAACAACAAUAACCAUCUAUUAUAAAUGGUUUUGUAAUCUAACUAUAUAUUUUUUAUUUUCCACAGUUCUGGGUAAAACUAAGAGUUAUUUUGUAACUUUCUGCAUGUCUCCAUUAGCUGUUAGUAUGUCACCUAGUUUCCCAAAUUGUGUUUUUAAACUCGGUAGGUUAAUACCUCAUUUGCACUCUGUAUAUAUCUUUUACUAGCCCUUUGUCAUGAUUUUUGGCUAACAAAAAAAAAAAGAAUUAAACAAAGAGUCAACAUUACAGUGAUAACACACACCAACAUAGGCAGUGAUAUUUUUCACAAACACAGACAUGCACACAAGCACAAACAUAACAUUAUUGUUUACCAUCAUGUUUGAAAUGGGCAUAAGUACAUUUUGAAAUAUUCAUAGAUUUCUGCUUUUAUAUAUUUAUGUGGAAAGGAUGCAUUGGUUCACUGUAGCUUGUUUUAUUUGCAAUGAGAAUCAUACAAUAAAGAAAAGCUAAAACAUU